CAUCAUCCGGCCCAGAAAACCCAAAACAAGCCCAUUAACUAUCAAAAGAAGUCUGUUGUUGACCUGACCGAACCUUACUGCCUGCUACCCAGUAACUAACCAGAAUAGAUCGCUACUCGUCUCUUCUCAAAGGACAAUCUAGUGCACCGCAAUUUCGGUGAUGGAAGAAAAUGUAGACCCUGAGCACCAGAUGAUGUUUGAAGAAUCACAAAGCAUGCAGAUUGAUCCUAAAAGAGCUCGAUUUCCCUUCUGCAUUGUCUGGACACCCCUACCUGUAAUUUCAUGGCUGAUUCCUUUCAUCGGCCAUGUUGGCAUAUGCAGAGAGGAUGGAGCUAUUCUGGACUUUGCAGGGCCGAAUUUUGUUUGUGUUGACAAUUUUGCAUUUGGUGCCGUAACUCGCUACAUCCAGAUAAACAAAGAAAAGGAGUGUUCCAUUUCUCUCCAUCCAUCCGUCUCCAAAAGUGACAGUGAAUACGAUCUCGAUAUGUCUGGAAGAGAGACAUUGACAUGGGAUGAUGCAUUACGAAAGGGCACACAGGAAUUUCAACAUCACACGUACAGUCUUUUCACUUGCAACUGCCAUUCUUUUGUUGCAAACAACCUAAACAGAUUGGGAUUUCGUUCCGGUGGGUGGAAUGUGGUGAACCUCGCCUUGUUAAUGUUCCUCAAGGGUCAUUGGGUCAGUACAGGAUCCAUGGUGCGAUCUUACUUGCCUUUUAUUAUGGUUUGUGGUGUUGGACUUCUAUUUGGUGGCAUGACCUUUCUAACUUUUUUGGCCUUCUUCACAUUUCUUCUUGUUGGAUGGUUUCUUGUUGGUACCUAUUGUUUCAAGAAUUUGAUCCAGCUGUAGCCUUUUUGUUAGUUGAUUGAUCAUCUUGCUGUAUAAGGAUGUAGUUCGAAAAACUCCUAAAGUUAGUUUCGGUAUAUAACUAUAUAUAAACUUGAUUGAAAUAUGAAAAUACUCUUUUACUUACGGCA